UUGUGACAGGCAGCGUUACAACUGUUGCACCGCAGAUCUGGAUUAUUUCUCAACUCCGAGAGGUUUCCAAAUGUCUGAGUGAAACAUGUUCAGUCCAACAGGGUUACCUGAGUGCGUGCGAGAAUUGGAAGAUUUAGAAAAAGACUAUCAACAAAUCCAGGAAACACAUCGUCUGUAUAAACAGAAACUGGAGGAAGUGACCAAGCUGCAGAGCAGCUGCUGCAGCGCCAUCUCACGUCAGAGGAAGAAGCUCAGAGAGCUCAGAGAGUCACUGCAACAAUGCAAAGAAAACCAUCCAACACCAAACUUAAGUCCAGAGGAGAUGGAUUCCAUCGCAGAAAUCCAAGAGUCCAUCAAAGACAAAGCGAGUGCUUUCUGUGAAAUGGAAGCUUUUCUGCCAAAGAAAAAUGGGUUAUAUCUCACUCUUGUUUUAGGAAACGUCAACGUAACGCUCCUCAACAAGCAGGCAAAAUUUGCCUACAAAGACGAGUAUGAGAAGUUUAAACUGGUCCUCACCGUCCUCCUCUUCAUCUUCUCCUUCACAUGUCGCUUCCUGUUCAGCUACAGAGUCCUGGACGCCCUGUUUAACUUCUUGUUGGUGUGGUACUACUGCACACUGACCAUCCGGGAGAGCAUCCUCAUCAGCAACGGCUCAAGGAUCAAAGGUUGGUGGGUUUUCCAUCAUUACGUGUCGACCUUCUUGUCUGGAGUCUUGCUCACUUGGCCUGAGGGCUCUCUCUACCAAAUGUUCAGGAACCAGUUCCUGACCUACAACCUCUACCAAAUAGACUUCGUCCAGUUCCUCCAGUACUACUACCAGAGUGGCUGUUUGUACCGACUCAGAGCGCUGGGAGAAAGACACAACAUGGACCUAACAGUCGAGGGUUUCCAGUCCUGGAUGUGGAGAGGCCUGACCUUCCUCCUUCCUUUCCUGUUCUUUGGUCAUUUCUGGCAGCUCUACAACAGCAUGACUCUCUUCAGGAUGUUUCAGCUCCCAGAAUGUAAAGAGUGGCAGGUUGUGAUGUGCGGCUGCUCUUACAUGGUGCUCUUCCUGGGAAACUUCUUCACCACGCUGAGGGUUGUUUACCAGAAAUACAUGAACAACCAGGAAAAGUCAAAGAAGGCAUGAGACUCGGACAGCGACCAGGAUGAAAUGGCCAAAGAUGCCUCCCAUUCAGAGAACAGAAAACAUGUGAAACAGAAGUUUUUUCUGUCAUGACCGUCGUCUUUGUGGACCGUUGACCUACAGUAGGAUUAUCUGCCUCAUGCAGAUGUCCAACUCCUUUCAGGACGUGUUAGUGAUUUAAGAACUGUUCAUUGAAUUGGAAACCUUUAAGAACAUCUGUAGUUUGCUACUCAGAUGCAUCCAUGUCUGUUAUCCUUCCAGAAAGUUCUUUGCUGAAUAAAUCACUCCUCUGCA